AUGGACGCUGGCAGCGUCGUCUCCUGGCCGGGGAACAGCGGCGGUGGUGGUCGCGCCGGGAACCGGGGCGAUGGUGGGCGCUGGCCGGAGAGAAGCGACGGCGGGUGGGCUGGCCGGAAGCAGGGGACGCAGGGAGAUGGUGGAUCUUCGGCGGGUGAAGGGAACGUCCCACGGCGGGAUCGCUACGCCAGCGUCUCGGGGCGACGAUGGUUCUGGAGCUGGGGGUGCCCUACGGAGGGAUGCGCCGAAGAGGGCGACGGGAUCGCCAGAGGGGAGCCGCCCUCGGAAGAAAGUGAAGGGGCUGGCCCGGAAGAUGCAUGCGGGUUCGACCAUGUGCGAGGGUACCGCCCCAGGCUCGCCCGAGGUUGCUCCCUAAGCCGGGGGCAUGGGGAGUGCGAAGGAGAGGGUGGUGCCCGGGUCGGUCGGGCCUCCGGCGGGGUGGCAUCGGGGCUAUUGAGGCAGCACCUCGGGACUAUUCAACCCUUUGGCUUCUUUCCGUUCAUGCGCUUUCCUGCCACCAGCGCUUCGGCGGGGAUGUACUGGUUGGUGCGCUGGAGCAUCUCGGGAAUGGUUGAUGGUGGCUUCUCGAUCAGCGACUAG